AUGGAAAUAAUGAGGACUUGGCAGGAUUUGUUUUUCUGGAGUACUGUCUUUCGUUUGAAGGCCAGUGACACCAUGAUUGGUGGGGGGCAGCGCGGGGCACCGGGAGCGGGGUACACGGGUGAGGGGCAGCGCGGGGCACCGGGAGCGGGGUACACGGGUGAGGGGCAACGCGGGGCACCGGGAGCGGGGUACACGGCUCUGGCGGUGAAGUUCGCGGCGCGGCAGCGAUCGCCCCACUGCUUGUUGGUGAAGGAGCACCAGGUGCGGGAAGGAGCCGACACCACGCACCCGCCUCGCCGCACGCUCUUCGUCCUCAAUGUGCCCCCGUACUGCAGCCCGGACUCGCUGUCUAGGCUGUUCUCCCGCUGCGGGCACGUGCAGUCUGUGGACAUCUGUGACAAGCCAGGGCCAGGAGAGAAAAAACAUAAAUCGACGUCUAAAUUUUUCAACCACAAAACUGUAAAGGGAUUUCAAGUAGCAUAUGUGGUGUUCAGGAAACCAGCAGGUGUCCAGGCAGCCAAGGCUCUAUCACAAGAAGGUCCCUUGCUAAUAUCAACAGAGAGCCACCCUGUGAAAACUGGCAUUAGCAAGUGGAUUGCCAACUAUGAGGCCUCCAUCGUGGAUCCAAAGGAGCUGAAGGCUGAAGUGGAUGCCUACAUGCAAGACUAUGACAAAAAGAUGGCAGAGGAAGAAGCCAAAGCAGCCAAGGAAGAGGGUGUUCCCGAUGAGGAGGGCUGGGUGAAGGUGACACGGAAGGGCCGGAAGCCUGGCCUGCCCCGGACAGAGGCUGCCAACCUGCGUGUGCUGGAGAAGGAGAAACAGAAAAGGGCCCGCAAAGAGCUGCUCAACUUCUAUGCCUGGCAGCAUCGCGAGACCAAGAGAGAGCACAUUGCCCAGUUGAGGAAGAAAUUUGAGGAGGACAAGCAGAGGAUUGCACURAUGCGAGCCCAGCGCAAGUUUCGGCCGUACUAGGUUGUGCUGAGCUGUUCCUCAGGUGUGUGUUCUGGAGAGGAUGGGARAGUUGCCUACUAACUGCAUUUGCCAAACGAUUUUAAGGAAUUGAGGCAGCUUUGGGUUUCUUCUACUCUUGGAUCUGAAAUGGGAGAUCCCUGCAACUGCUGCUGGGUAGAAGAGCACAGUAUCUUCCUGCUCUUCUAUYAUUCAGCUCUGUGGUACCACUUCCAGGGUGCUCAGGUCAAGGAGUUGAAGCACAUCCUGUGACAACCUGUAUCUCCCUGCCAMCCAAAAACACACCUUCUCCUAAAGCUUGAUGAGAACUGGGAUUAACCUAGCAUAGCCUUUGCAGGGGCAGGGAAUGGCUGAAGAAGUGUAAAUAAACUGCUA